AUGACCUCUAAUUGGUCGGAAGAGAUGAUCAAGCAUCGUGGCAAGGCUACUCAACUGUUAGAGACUGCAUUGGCGAGUAUCCAAUCACGGGAAUGUUUACAUUUGCUGGAGCCGAUAUUAAUUCUGUUUACUUUGGACGCGUUCCAGUGCACUCUGUCCGCUACCGGGCAUUGGUCCAGUCACCUGGAACGUGCACAUACAAUGCUCCAACUUUGUGGCGGCCCUAGCUCCCUUACCGCACCACGCCAGCGAUCACAGGUUGGUGGGAUGCAACGGUUGCCUUGA